ACUAAUUAUGAAUUAGCUGUUAAAACAAUUGAUGGUGAUCUUGAAAGCGAUUAUUCAUUAGCUAUUGAAUAUUCCAAUGCAAUUUAUCCAAUAAAACAACUAAAUAUGAUAACAAAUAAUGAUCCAUCAAAAGUAACAUUAACAUGGCAAUUACCUGAUGAUACAAAUGGAAUUAAAUCAUUUAAUAUUUAUUAUAAUGAACAAGGUGAAAAUGGACAAGAACAAAAAAUAAUUGUACCUGUUGAAUUAACACAAACAACAAUAUCAAAUUUAAAACCAAAUACAAAAUAUUUAUUUAAAAUUGCUUCUGUGAAUCAAUUCAAUGAUGAAUCAACACCUGAAACAAGAUUAUAUAAAACACCUAAUAUUAUUGAUACAAAACAUAUCGAAGCAAAUAAAGAUAUAAAUCAAAAUUUAUUUGGAUGGCCAUCAAUGGGACUAUCAAAUAAUUCUUGGCUUAUUAUUCUUGUUAUAGUUACGAUUACAUUUUUAUGUUUACUUUUUACUGGUAUUAUGCUUUGUUCAAGAACACGUUGUUGUUCUUGUAUAUCAAAUAAUAAAAAACAUAUACACGAUUCUCCAACACAUAUGCAUCAACGACAAUAUUCACCAACAAGUAAUACAGCAUCAUCAUCAUUAAUGAAACCAAAUGAUCUAUGGGCUGGUGCUGAUUGUUUAUCACCAACAACAACAACAGUUCUUCGAACUUCGAAUACGUGUGAAAGACAUUAUGAAACAUCAUCAACUGCUGGUAGUGGAACAUUACAACGAUGUAAUCAUCAUAAUCAUCAUCUUCUUUAUCAUCAUACACAAGAAAAUCAACCACUAACAAAUAAUAUUGAUACAAAUAUGGAUCAACAACGACUUUCAUAUGUACCAUCAAAUGAUGGUUCAAGUUCAGUUGAUGGACAUACAACAAGUGGUUUUACACUUAAUGGAAAAUUUAAUGCAAGUAUACGUACAAGACCUAUUGCUGUUGGUGCAUCAUUUGAACAACAAUCACAGAAAAAAUCGAUGAAAAAUUUACCAAUGGGUACUGCAUUUAUUAUGAAUCAUACAAAUGUAAUGCAACAACAGCAACAACAACAACAUGUUACUGUUCGACCUAUUCAACAAAAAGCUCAAUAUGUUGUUCGACCGAAUGAUCAGUCACAUUCGAUUGGAUCAGGUCCAUCAUCACCUGAUUAUCAACAUUCACCAUCGAAUAGUCAUUGUAGUUCGAAUCAUAAUCAAUCAUCUAUUCAAUCAAAUCCUUUACCAGGAACGAUUGUCUAUGAAAAAGUAUCGAAUUCAAAUAAUAAUAAUAAUGAACAUUCCGAUAAUCAACGUGCACUUCUUCUUCCAUCAAAACCAAAUCUACGAAGUUUUACUGUUCCUGUUGCUCCACCAAUUAUUCCUCCACCGCCAAUGUCAAAUAAACAACAACCUAAUAUAACAGCAACAAAUUCUCAAUAUAAAUCUCCAUUUCGUAGUCCAAAUCGACCCUUGUUAAAUAAUUAUGCUAAAGAAAUAAAGUCUGAUGAAAUUGAUACAAAUCCUGCCGAUGUACUCGAAGAUGUUCGCAAUCAAUUAGGCAAUUUAAUGAAAAAAGAUUUUCAAUGUUAG